AUGGACUUUCUGUGGUGUGAGCAGAGGUUUACAAAGAUUUCUCUAGUUGAGAUUCUGAGGUGUUUUGAACAUCCUUUGAGUGAGGAGCAAGCCUGGGCUGUCUGCUUUCAAUGUUGCUGUAAAAUGAUGCAGUUAGCCCAAGGGCUAUGUCCAUCUCUCCAUUCUGUAUUCAUAAAUGGUCCUGAAAGCAUCUUUAUCCAUGCUGAUGGUACUACUUCUUUCAUGGUGUACCAUGAGUCUGAUGUUGGCAGCAUUCAGCAGUCAGAGGACAAGCUGUUGGAGUACUUGGCAAUGGUGAUCUACGAAGCCCUGGACUGGGGAAUCAAUGACCAAGUGGAGCGAGAGCUCAGUGAUCCUUUGGAGAAACUGCUGUACCUCAUGUUGAAAUUGGAUGAUAGGGCAAUGAAACCAGAAGUCACCCUGCAGGAUGUUAUCAAGGCCUGUGAGGAGCACUUGUCCAGGUCUUCUGAGGCUACCAGCCACUACCAGAUUACCUGUAGGAGUCUCUUUACUGGAUAUAUGGAACUUAAGAAGCUUAUAACUGUCAUCCAGACCUCCAAAGAGAGUCUGAGAAAUAUGGAUGUGGAAGGUGUGGUGAAAAAGUCCCUUCAGAAGGACAAACACUGGGCAUUCCUGUGGCGCAGUGUUGUUCGGGAGUUGCAGAAUGGUGUGAAGCUGCGUAAAGCUACUGAGCGACCACAGCAUCACUUGCCUCCAGCAGAACGUAUCCGUUCUCCCUAUGAAUUGCUUUUGGAUGAUAUUCAGCGCAAGAGGUUCACGCUUCGGAAGGUGAUCAAGCAGAAACACGGGACCCCCAAAGCUGAUGUAGCUGUCCCCAAGUCUCAUCUGAAACCUGUGCUGGAGAGGAAGCUGAAAGAGUGCAUGCCGCAGGAGUCCAACUGGCACGAACAGCUUAUGGCGGAAAUAAAACAACCACAGAAGCUUCAAUCAUCAGCAGCAAGGGAAAAUGGGAGCAGGCCCAAAGAAAUGCUUGUGAUACUAAAUACUGCCCUGAAAUCUCCAAGCAAUAGUUUCCAGACAUUCCAAGAUGACAGUACAGGGUUUAAAAUUGUUGACACAAGACAGCAGCUGGGAUCAGCAAUUCAGGAAACCACUUUGAAACUGCCCUCCAGCUCCUGGCUUGCCUCAACUAGAUCAGCAGUAGUAUCCAGCAACAGAGCAGGUCUUGCUGCAAGUUGCACAUGUCCUCCUGUGAGUGCACCUACACUAGGAGACGUUAAACCUAAUGGCUUCCUGAAUGCUGGCCAAAUGCAGCUGCCUCCUUACAGAGGAAGGUCCAAAUCUGUAGAGAGAGGCCUUCAAAGCAAGGAGCUUGACCGUCCCUUUCCUACAAAGGGGCCAACACCUACCAUUGCUGAGCUGAUUGGAACCAGAUAUGCAAUGGUGGUGCUGGAAGGGCAAGGCUUCUUCCAAGGAGGUAGUGAUGGUGUCUUUCCAAGAGCAAAGAUCUGUUUCAGCUGCCAUAAGCAGAUGUUCCUCAAGUGGCCUUACAGCUGUUACCUCUGCAGCAGUGUUGUCUGCUGUGACUGCUGCAUCAAGAUGUCCAUGCCCUUCAGAACAUGUGUACAUCUCCCACUUCACUUUCUGAAAUUUCUGAGACUCUCCAGAGAGGAGGACCCAGCUACUCAAGAGCAGAAGAGCUUAGAGUUGCUGCAUGAAAUAGAGCACUGGGAGUAUUUUGGUGUACCUGUUACUUUGGAACCCCGUUGCCUAGCACGGCCUCUGUGCUGGUACACAGGGUCUGUGGCAGAGUGGCUGACUGCAGACAUCUGUAGACAAUGUGAGCAGUAUCUGCUGAACAUGGCUUCCAGUCAACAGCAGAGCAUCCCUCGCAGGAGAUCUUCCUGUCCUUGAACCAAAUUGGAAUGAGUCUACUAGACAUUUCUCCUGUCACUUGUUCUGUACCUGAAGUAAAUGAAAUGGCUUCAUGCACCCACAGACAGGAAGGCCUGAAUACAAGACCUCCCUGCUGGUUAGUCUAAGUGGGAAGCACAAUUGGUAUGUAUGUAUUGUGAAGUAUUAUAAAGCUUUGUGGCUUUUAGAACUGUUUUAAUUCUUUUUGUGUUUUUGAGGAAAAUAAAAG